AUGAAUCGGGCGGAGGUGAUAGAUCCGCGCUCGUCGGACAGCACGUCCUCGGAGCAGCGGCGGGUGCACGCGGUACCACCCACGCCAAUGUAUCAAGGAGAGACAAAAAUAUUGGACUCACUUCUAAAAGAAGCUCAGCUGACUCCAAGUCUGAAAGCGAGUGGUGAGCACAGUCGCCAAACCAGGGAUCCUGAAAACAGUUGUUUUUUACAGUAAUCAGUCACCAGGCGCAGGCAAAGAGUAAAGAGGAGGAUGAGCGGAAGUUGCAGAAGAUGCUAGAAAAGUAUCAAAUGGAAAUGAACAUGCAGCGAGCGAACAGUAGGAAAGACAUGCAGAGCAGUUCAGGACGUGAGCACAUGGGGGAUGAGAAUAGUAUAUCAGGUCUUUCCGCUUCUUUUCAGCGUCGCCGAUUAGUCAUUCACAGCCGUGUCUUAUUGCAAGCGGAUCACGCUCUUCUGAGUGAGCUUUUUGCGCUUUGAUGAAAGAAUACAGUGAACUCAUUUCAGAGUACCAGCAAGUGAGCACACAAUGAGCAUGUCAGCGUAUCAACGUCGAGCCUCGGCUUCUGGAGACCAGGCUCUUGAUGUUCCCUCCAUGAACCAAGCAAACAGGGUAAGACGAAGACGAACACUAAACAAAACAAACAAACGAAUGCUCAGGGCGUGUCAAGCAACCAAAAACUGAUACAAAUUCUACGAGAGGAGAAUGUGCACUUGAAGAAAGAGCUCGAGGCCUUUAAACGGAGCCUUUCAAAGCUGCAGCAGGUUUGUUUUAAAAGACUAUGCAAAUGAGAUGAGCCAUUUCACAGAUCGAAUACUCUUAUGCGCGAUUGGAAAAAGAGUACGAGUAUCUGGCAAACGAACGAAAAAAGCAGGAGAACUUUGAGCUGAAUGUGAUUAUUCAACUGGAAAAAUCGGUGAAAAGGUGAGAGCAGAAAGAGGUACAUCCCGCCAAAGUGAGACAGAAACUUUGUGCAGACUUACCAUCGAGAAGGAAGAUUUGCAAUUGAGACUGGAGAAGGCGAGCGCCGAGCCGUCAAUGGUGGCCAAUCUGAUGUUGAAUGAAAUUCAGCAAAGUACGAUUGACGGGAGGAACAAAAAACGAACAAACAAACACGAUUGGAAAAAGAAAUGAAAUUUAAAAUCAUUCUUUCAGGACAAGAGCUUUUCGCUUGCAAAGAACGACAGAAAAUGGAGAUUGAGGCGCAAAAUCAGACGUUGGAAGAACAACGAAAUCAUAUUGCGAUGCUUGAGAAAGCACUCGCCAAUUCACAAGAGCGCUUGUCAAAACGAGAAAAAGUAAGACGAGGGCUGGCGGGAGGAAGUGGAGCGUCGCGAACAUUUUGUGCGCUUUUUCAGAAGUGCGAAGAGUUGUCGGCGUUGGCCGUACACGCCGACGAGCUGAGAAAGCAGUUGACUGAAGUGUGGGAGGACCAGCAGCGGAAAGAGCAGCAAAUGGAGAACGAACGGGCUCAGUGGGAGAUGGAGAAGACGCAACUAAGGAUGCAACUGCAGAAGGACACUUCUCUGACUGGAAGUUUGAAGGUAGGCGGCGGUAGGGAAGGGUGUAACCGGUUACUGAAUUAUGGACAGUUUUGGAAUGGGGUAGUCACCAUUUUCACGAAAAAUACUGAUCAGCACCGAAAGUUUGAAAAUCACAUUUAUAGAUUUUUGUCAGUUCAGUUUGUGAAUGGGAAGGUAUUCACAGACCUUACUGAAAACGUGGACGUGUACGGUACUCCUCAAUUUUCGCGAGACUUGCAACAAGCCGGGCCGAGCCUAAAACUUGAAUGUCUCCGACCCUUAUAUUUCGCAAAAACUGUUCUAGAAGAAACUUCCGGGUCGAUAGGGCUGGCCCGAAAUCUCUCAGUUCUAUUAGUACACUGAAAACGAUGGGUGUUACAGUUCCAGAGAACGCCGACGCCAGGCAGCACUGAAGAUCUGAUGCGACUGCGAAAGACAAUUCAGGCAAAAGACGAGAAAAUUUUGCAGUUGGAAAGGAUGGUGAACGAUUUGCGAAAGUAAGAAUAGAUAGAUGGAAAGAUAAAAGGAAGUGAAAGAAGAAGAUGAUUGAAAUAUAUUUUUAGAACAUUGGGUGAUGAGAAUGAGCGACGGCGGGGAACGUUGGCGACGAUUACAGACACGUUUGACGCUCAAAUUAAAAAAAUGCAAGAGGAGAUGAGCGAGAAGGUUAGAUAUCAUCUCAACUGGAGCUGACUUUUGAAAAAUCUAAUUCAAACUUCAGGAUCUAAUCAUAAACGAGCUAAGAUCGGAGAGAGACAAGUAUGCGGCGAUUGUGGAUAAAAGUAAGUAUACAUGCAUACAUACGGGGGAAGGAAAAGCAGGAAAAGGGGACGUCGUCUCUCUGACAUGUGUGCGAAGAGCAUGCCGACGAAGGAGAAAAAGCAGGAAUCCCCUUUCCCUCCCUCUUUCAUCUUCUUCUUUUUUUCCAGAUAGUGGCGAUGAGGCGCUGAGUCGGAUGGAGGAAAUAAGGCAGAAGAUUCAAGAGCGAAAGAAGAAAGGGCGGCUCGGAGUGACUGGCGGGUACUAUAUAUAGCGGAAUGAGAAAUGAGCAGUGGUGGGCGGAAAUUGGAAUUUGCAGACUUUCCGAACACGCGAGAACGUCAUCGGGCUCAAUGAUGCAAAGUUCACUUCAUAGGAGGUAGGAUAAGGAUUACGAAAUUGUUUUGAUUAGCAGACUUAAGCAAAAUUGGCCCGGUCAGCCCGGAUUGAAUAGCAUUGUCGAGUUUUCGAAUUUUUGACUGGAAAAAGUCACAGUUUUCAAAACAAUUCGUCAAAUGUGUUACAUUUUGAGACAUUGGUACUAAAACCCGGGCUGACCAGAAAACCAAAAAAACAUUCAAAGAUUAAGUUUGACGUCUCUCCGCUUGUGAAACCCCACAAAAAUCGUCACAAUCCUCAGAUCUUCAUCCGGAUCAUCGUUCGACCCAGUGCCCACCGCGCCAAUCCCAUAUGCCAUGUUCAAAAGUACGAACAACAACAAGUCACUUCAUACGGAUAGUCAAUUCUCCUAA